AUGGCUCUCUUCCGAAGGUUCUUUUACCGGAAACCACCCGAUCACCUCCUCGAGAUCUCUGACAGACUCUAUGUGGCACUGUGCACUUUUUCUGAUUCUGUUUCUGGGCUUUGUGUUGCAUUGGGUUUGAUAUAUUCCAUGUUUAAAGUGCCUCCUCUGUUUACUCUACUGUAUAGGCUUGGUCAUAUUCUUCUAAGCUUCUGUUUUACGAAUUGGGUUGAGAUACCAUGUGCUUCUAGUAAUGUGUUGGAGGAAGAUGAGUACAAGGUUUAUAUCGGGGGGGUUGUGGCUCAGCUACAGGAUCACUAUCCGGAAGCAUCUUUCAUGGUGUUCAAUUUCAGAGAAGGGGAUAAGCGCAGUCGAAUUUCAGACAUAAUGUCUCAGUAUGAGAUGACAGUUAUGGAGUACCCUCGGCAAUAUGAGAGUUGUCCCCUUUUGCCUUUGGAGAUGAUUCACCACUUCCUUCGGUCAAGUGAGAGCUGGUUGUCUUUGGAGGGCCAACAAAACGUGCUUUUGAUGCAUUGUGAAAGGGGUGGUUGGCCUGUGCUUGCGUUUAUGCUAGCUGGUCUUCUGUUGUACAGGAAACAGUACAAUGGGGAACACAAGACUCUUGAAAUGGUGUACAAGCAAGCACCUAGAGAACUUCUCCACCUUCUAUCUCCUUUGAAUCCACAACCUUCUCAUUUGAGAUAUCUUCAGUACAUCUCCAGGAGGCAUUUGGGUUCUCAGUGGCCUCCAUCAGAAACACCCUUAUAUUUGGAUUGCAUUAUUCUUAGGGUCCUUCCAUUGUUUGAUGGUGGAAAAGGUUGCAGACCGGUUGUGCGUGUCUAUGGUCCGGACCCUUCAAAACCUUCCAACAGAAGUUCUAAGCUUCUUUCCUCAACUUCAAUGAGCCAAAAUCAUGUUCGCCACUACUUGCAGGCAGAAUGUAUGCUCGUGAAAAUUGACAUCCAUUGUCAUGUUCAAGGGGAUGUGGUUCUUGAGUGCAUGCAUUUAUGUGAUGAUCUUGUUCGUGAGGAGGUGAUGUUUAGAGUCAUGUUUCAUACUGCGUUUGUACGGUCAAAUAUAUUGAUACUGAGCCGCGAUGAAAUUGAUAUUCAGUGGGAUUCAAAGGAUCAGUUCCCCAAGGACUUCAAAUUUGAGGUACUUUUUUUGGACGCUGAUGCUGUUAUACCUAAUCUAACAACAGUCGAUGGGAGUGACUCAGAAUGUGCUUCACCUGAGGCUGAGGAAUUCUAUGAAGCAGAAGAGAUCUUCAGCAAUGUAAUUGAUGCACUGGAAGGUAAGGGAGAUUACGAUUUUUCAAUGGUUCAUGACAGUGAAGUAGAUGAUGGAAGUCAUAAAGAGAUCUGGAAAGAGUAUUCGGACCCUCUUACUUUUCUGGAUUCCAUGUUAGAUGAUGGGAUUCACCAACAGGUUGAUGAAGUGAGGUACAAGCUUGACAAGAGGGUCGUUUCAGAUACUCAUGAUGUCAAAGAUAUUGGUGUGGAUUAUGGAGUCACUUUUAUGCCAAAGGAAGUCACUGUGGAUGCACAUGAUAAGUUGGCAGUUUUGCAAAACAAGUAUGAUGAAGAUAACAAUGAAACAGAGGAAGGGCUGCAGGGGCUUGAUAUUUCACGACCAAAAUCUGACAAAUUACUUAUUUCUGCUGAAAAUAAACAACUUCCUUCAAACUCAAAGCCCAGGGGAGAUUCAGUCGUUGCAAACCAAGAACCACAUGGUUUUCAGGCAAAUCAAGCAAAACCCAAUGCAACAACUAGGUUGAUUCCUUCUAAUAAGGGUUCUUGUCAAGAUUCCAUGAUUGUCUCAUAUCCACCAUCAAGGAACAAUAAUUUAUCACUUAAGGAGGAAACUAGUGAUGCUAAAGGAGAAUCUACUUCUGGUUCUGAUGUUUCUGAAGCAAUUGUUUUUAUGGACACGAUAAAUGACCUGAAAAACUCUGAUGGUGAUAACUCAAAAUCUUCAGACAGUGUAGCUGAAAUAGGCUCAAACUCUCCACUAUCAUCAUUUCUGUCAGUCCAAGGGAUAUCUCUUCAAUUAACUACUCAAGCAUCACAACAGAGCUAUGAUCCAAUGUUACAACUUUAUCUUCCUCCACCUCCUCCUCCACCUCCACUUCCAAAUUUUGGGCAGAAUAGAGGGAGCUUCAUGACUCCUUCUACCCAUUGGAAAUCUGUUGGAAAAAAUAAUGGUGCUUUACCUCCUUCCCCUGCUCCUCCCAUUGCAAAUAGUGUAAUUACAUCAAAAGUUUCACUACCACCGCCACCUCCUCCUCCUCCUCCCCCUCCUAUGCAAUCUACAAAUGGAGCUCCAGUCCCUCCUCCCUCAAUGUCUCCAACAAUGUUUAAAGCUCCACCUCCUGCACCCCCACCGCCACAUCAUCCUCCACCUCCUCCUUUAAGUACUGCUCCACCACCUCUUCCUCCUUCAUUAUCCAGAGCUUCACCUCCACCACCACCACCACCACCUAUUCCUCCAUCAAGUGGAGCUCCACCUCCACCACCACCUUCUUCAAUGUCUAGAGCUCCACCUCUACCACCAUCUUCUUCACUUUCUAGAGCUCCACCUCCCCCACCUCCACCAACUCGUGGACCACCACCACCUGCAAUGCAUGGAGGCACACCACCACCUCCAGGGGGACGAGGCCUACCUCCUACUGGAAUGCGUGCUCCUGGUGCUCAUUCUCCUUUUGGCCCUCUAGGUGGUGCUCCUUUUCCUUCACAAAUUGGAACCGAUACAAGAGGGAGAGGGCGUGGACUUGGACGUCCGACAGGGGCUGGUGCCAUGGCAACUCGGAGAUCCUCCUUAAAGCCUCUGCAUUGGAGUAAGGUAACAAGGGCAUUGCAAGGAAGUUUAUGGGACGAAUUACAAAGACGUGGAGAACUUCAAAUAACGCAAGAGUUUGACGUUUCAGAGAUAGAGAAGCUUUUUUCUGCAAAUGUUCCAAAACCUGCUGAUUCCGAUGGUAAAUCCGGUGGGCGGCGCAAAUCUGUUGGAUCCAAAACUGACAAAAUUCACUUGAUUGACCUAAGGAGGGCCAAUAAUACUGAAAUUAUGCUCACAAAGGUUAAGAUGCCACUUCCUGAUAUGAUGGAAAAGACUAGCAAUGCCUUACGAUACAGAAUGCUGAACAAUGAAGUAGCAAAAAAGAAAAAAAUAUCAGCCAAGUUUUGUAGAGAUGAGAAUCUUGUAGUGUAUGAAAGGAGAGGACAAACAAGAAAAGAUAAGAUGAUGACUGAAUUUGCCAGAGAUAAAUUAGGAGCAGCACUUGUUAAUAAGGAAAAGAUUCUAGAAUCUCACAUAAUAAGAGCCCAGUAA